CUCCACGUCGCUAAGAGGCGCUAACACGGCUAAUGUGGCAACAACAGCGACAGGCGAUGUUAAAUUAGUAUAUAGUGACCCAAGAAAUAUAACAGUUCAUUUUUCACAUUUUUAUUAUGACGAGUAAAGCUUUCGUCAUAAUAAUAAGUCAAAUUAACCCUGGUAAAGCGACGUUUUUAGCCAGCAUUAGCUGCGCAACGCUCGGAAGUUAAGCUAACCAAAUUAGCCCCUUCAUGCUAGUUUCCCGUACGCGUCAAUGAAUGGCGGAAGCAAGUAAAGACAUCAGUCAACAAUGUACGACAGUUACCUAUUUGAGAGCAAAAUGAUGGCCUUUAUCAGUAACAUUGGAAUACCUUGAAUGACCGUAUAUUGUUUGGCGUGAGUACGUUCGAUUGGAAGUGCAGCAUCGCGAAGAGAUCAUGUGUACCACAGAUCCACACACGGAGCUAGGUUAGCACCCACAGCUACGUCGCCGUCCUGGAUUGUGUUCUUUGUAUCACCAAGAACUUGUGUGUUUUGCAAUCAAACAGUGGAUAAAGUCGUCUCCUCGUCUCCGCCGUGAGAGAAGAGGCGUGAUGGCGUUUUGGACUGACACUGCCCUCUGUCCGCUGUAGGAGAGGCGACAAAGCUCCACAAAUCAUCGUUUUGCAUGAAUCCAAGCUGGAGCAACGUUCAAAAUAUCAACAUUACAUCUCCUAUACUCAACGUCAUUGACGCUGUUUACUCCGAGGAAGAUGAUGGAGGAAGUUCCCCGCGACGAGGAACAUUUGGAUCCAAUCAUGGCCUGGUGAAAGCAACUUGGGAAUAUUUACUAGAACACAAUAAAUAAACUUCUCACGGGGACAAAACAAACAGACAAACAAAAUACCUCCAAACAUGUCUGCGAUCGGUGAGUUUGUACCCCCGCCCGAAUGUCCCGUUUUUGAGCCAAGUUGGGAGGAUUUCUCGGACCCCCUUGGAUUUAUCAACAAGAUCCGACCCAUCGCCGAGAAAACUGGCAUAUGCAAGAUCAGACCCCCGGAGGAUUGGCAGCCUCCGUUUGCGUGCGACGUGCGUCACUUCCGUUUCACUCCUCGAGUACAAAGAUUGAAUGAACUUGAGGCACUCACUCGAGUGAAGCUCAACUUCCUGGAUCAAAUCGCAAAGUUCUGGGAGCUGCAAGGAUCCAAAAUUCGCUUCCCACAUGUGGAGCGAAAGGUCCUGGACUUAUAUCAACUCAGCAAGGUUGUGUCAUCCGAAGGUGGCUUUGAGACCGUUUGUAAAGAGAAGAGGUGGUCCAAAGUGAGCAGUCGAAUGGGCUUCCCGUCAGGGAAAGGCACCGGCUCACUCCUGCGGUCCCACUAUGAGAGGAUCCUUUACCCCUAUGAGCUCUUCCAGUCGGGAGCCACUCUGACUGGCAUCCAGCAGCUAUACGAGGAGGGAGAUGAUGGCGAGGAGGUGGACGAGGGAGUUGGCGAGGACGCAGUGGAGGAGGAUGAACAAGAGGAUUACGAGGACAAAGACAAAGACAGGGAGGUUGAUGCAGCGCAGAUAAAAGAACGUCCUCUGGCCGAAAGACGCUCAAGGAGACUUAAAUCGGAAAGGGAAAACAAAGAUCCCAAAGGCCUCAAACUCUUUGGUACCAGCCCCAAGAUGGUGGACUUGGAAAUUGUGUCGGCAGGCGACGGCUACAACAAGAAGCAUCGUCACCUCAGAGCUCAAGCCUUCGCCAUCAAAAUGAAACCACGCAAGGAGACGCUCGAAGUCAACUUUAUUGACCUCUACUUCUGCCUGAUGUGCGGACGCGGCGACGAGGAGGACCGCCUGCUGCUGUGCGAUGGCUGCGACGACAGCUACCACACCUUCUGCCUGGUUCCGCCUCUGCACGAUGUGCCCAAAGGCGACUGGCGCUGCCCCAAGUGUGUGGCAGAGGAGUGCAGUAAGCCCAGAGAGGCGUUUGGCUUUGAGCAGGCUGUGAGGGAAUACUCACUCCAGAGCUUUGGAGAGAUGGCAGACCAGUUCAAGUCAGACUAUUUCAACAUGCCAGUCCACAUGGUGCCCACUGAGCUGGUGGAGAAAGAGUUCUGGCGUCUGGUAAGCAGCAUCGAGGAGGACGUCAUCGUGGAGUACGGAGCCGACAUCAGCUCGAAGGACGUGGGCAGCGGAUUCCCUGUCAGAGACGGCAAGAGGAGGCUACUGGGAGACGAAGAGGAGUACGCCAACUCCGGCUGGAAUCUGAACAAUAUGCCAGUGCUGGAGCAGUCGGUGCUCACUCAUAUCAAUGUGGACAUCUCAGGCAUGAAGGUUCCCUGGCUCUAUGUCGGCAUGUGCUUCUCCUCCUUCUGUUGGCACAUUGAGGACCACUGGAGUUACUCCAUUAAUUUCUUACAUUGGGGAGAACCCAAGACCUGGUAUGGAGUGCCGGCGUCCGCCGCAGAGCAGCUAGAGGCGGUCAUGAAAAAGUUGGCUCCGGAACUGUUUCAAUCGCAGCCGGACCUUCUCCAUCAGCUGGUCACCAUCAUGAACCCCAACGUCCUCAUGGAGCACGGUGUGCCUGUGUACAGGACCAAUCAGUGCGCAGGGGAGUUUGUGGUGACCUUUCCGCGAGCCUACCACAGUGGAUUCAACCAGGGAUACAAUUUUGCAGAGGCUGUUAACUUCUGCACCGCUGACUGGUUACCCAUGGGCCGUCAGUGCGUGGCCCACUACCGACGCCUGCGCCGCUACUGCGUCUUCUCGCACGACGAGCUGCUGUGCAAGAUGUCCGCUGAUCCGGAGAGCCUGGACGUGGAGCUGGCCGCGGCCGUCGUCAAGGAGAUGGGGGAAAUGAUGGACGAGGAGACUGAGCUUAGAAAGGCAAUAAAGGACUUGGGGGUGCUUUCAACAGAGCAGGAAGUUUUUGAGCUGGUCCCCGAUGACGAGCGCCAGUGCCACAAGUGCAAGACCACCUGCUUCCUGUCCGCCCUCACCUGCUCAUGUUGUCCUGAUCGGCUGGUUUGUCUCCACCAUGCAGCAGAUCUCUGCGACUGCCCUCUCAGCAACAAGUGCCUCAGGUAUCGCUAUGAUCCAGAGGAGUUUCCGGCCAUGCUGUAUGGUGUGAAGAAUCGUGCGCAGUCCUAUGACACUUGGGCAAAAAGGAUCAACGAGGCCUUGGUUGCAGACCAGAAGAACAAGAAAGAUCUAAUUGAGCUCAAGGUUUUGCUGGAAGAUGCAGAGGACAGGAAGUAUCCGGAGAAUUCUCUGUUCCGCCGUCUCAGAGAAAUGGUCAAAGAGGCCGAGACCUGCUCCUCUGUUGCCCAGAUGUUGCUCAGCCGCAAGCAGAGACAUAGCAGCCGCUUGCGUUCAGAGAGCAGUCGGACCCGCAGUAAGCUGACUGUGGACGAGCUCAAGGCCUUUGUGGAGCAGCUUUACAGGCUGCCUUGCAUCAUCAGCCAGGCCAGACAAGUCAAGGAGUUACUGGAGAAUGUGGAAGACUUCCAUGAGCGAGCUCAGAUCGCGCUGGCGGACGAGCUGCCCGAUUCCUCCAAGCUGCAGGCCCUUUUGGACCUGGGUAGCGGCCUAGAUGUGGAGCUACCGGAGCUUCCCCGCCUCAAACAGGAGCUCCAGCAGGCCCGUUGGCUCGAUGAGGUGCGUUUCACCCUAACGGAGCCCCACCGCGUCACCCUGGAGCUGAUGAAGCGGCUGAUCGAUUCCGGUGUGGGCUUGGCUCCCCACCACGCAGUGGAGAAGGCCAUGGCUGAACUACAGGAGAUUCUCACAGUCUCUGAGAAAUGGGAGGACAAGGCCCGCGCUUGCUUGCUGGCCAGGCCUCGACACAGCAUGGUGACCUUGGAAAGUAUCGUGGUGGAAGCCAGGAACAUUCCAGCAUACCUACCUAAUAUUUUGGCUUUACGAGAGGCCCUGCAAAAAGCCAAAGACUGGACUGCCAAGGUGGAUGCUAUUCAGAGUGGUAGUGCCUACGCUUACCUGGAGCAGCUGGAGAGCCUGCUGGCUCGGGGUCGUUCCAUCCCGGUUCGUCUCGAUCCGCUGGCCCAGGUGGAGUCUCAGGUGGCCUCCGCGCGAGCCUGGAGGGAGAGGACUGGCCGCACCUUUCUCAAGAAAAACUCCACAUACACACUACUCCAGGUUCUCAGUCCUCGCUUGGACAUCGGCGUGUACGGCAACAGCAAAAGCAAGAGGAAACGAGUUAGGGAGCUCAUGGAGAAGGAGCGAGGAGGCUUUGACCCCGACACGUUGAGCGACCUGGAGGAGAGCCUCGAGGAGGCGCGCGAACCCUCCACCGUCGUCGCCGCCUUCAAGGCCAAAGAGCAAAAAGAGGUGGAGGCCAUCCACUCCCUGCGCGCCGCCAACCUGGCCAAGAUGGCCAUGGCCGACCGCAUCGAGGAAGUUAAGUUCUGCCUGUGCCGGAAGACGGCCAGCGGCUUCAUGCUGCAGUGCGAGCUGUGCAAGGAUUGGUUCCACGGGGUGUGCGUGCCUCUCCCUAAGACGGGAACGCAGAAGAAGCUCGGCGUCGGUUGGCAGAGCAAUAGCAAGGACUCCAAAUUUCUGUGCCCGCUGUGUCAACGGUCCAGGCGGCCGAGGUUAGAGACCAUCCUGUCUCUGCUGGUGUCGCUGCAGAAGCUUCCUGUGCGACUACCAGAAGGAGAGGCGCUCCAGUGUUUAACUGAGAGGGCAAUGAGCUGGCAGGACCGGGCACGUCGAGCUCUGGCCACGGAGGAGCUGUCGUCCGCCCUCGCAAAGCUGUCCGUGCUGAGCCAGCGCAUGGUGGAGCAAGCUGCACGGGAGAAGACUGAGAAGAUCAUCAACGCCGAGCUGCAAAAAGCCGCAGCAAACCCUGACUUGCAGGGUCACAUCCAGACCUUCCAGCAGUCAGGCUUCAGCAGAGCCACCUCGCCUCGCCCGUCUGUGGACUAUGACGACGAAGAGACUGACUCGGAUGAGGACAUCAGGGAGACGUACGGUUACGACAUGAAGGAUCCAGGGGAAGUUAAGCCUUACCUCUUCUGCGAUGACGAGAUCCCAGUGAAGUCAGAGGAGGUGGUUAGUCACAUGUGGCCGACUGCCACGCCCUCGUUCUGCACUGAACACGCAUACUCUUCAGCCUCCAAGUCUGUUGUACAAAAUGUGGGAACGCCAAGAAAGCAGCCCAGGAAGACUCCUUUGAUACCUCGCAGUCUGGAGCCCCCAGUGCUGGAGCUGUCUCCGCAAGCCAAGGCCCAGCUGGAGGAGCUGAUGAUGCUGGGUGACCUACUGGAGGUGUCCCUGGAUGAGACUCAGCACAUCUGGAGGAUCUUACAGGCCACGCAUCCCCCCUUAGAGGACAGAUUCCUACAGGUUAUGGAGCCUGACGACAGUCCAAUGGAAAAGUCUCUGAAAAUCAAGAUCAAGGAUUCAGAGAAGAAGAGGAAGCGGAAGUUGGAGCGAGCCGAGCACCACCACCACCACAUGCUGAUGUCCUCCGCAGGCGGGGCCGGGACACUGGGGGGCAUGCGGCCGUCCAAAUCCAAGGAACUGAAAAGGGCCGGCCUGGAGCUCGGCCUUGGGGGCAAACCCAAGAAGAAGAAGCUAAAACUGGGCCUGGAUAAGAAUAGGGAGAUGAAGCAGCUGGCCAAACGUUUGGCCAAGGAGGAGAAGGAGAGGAAGCGGAAGGAGAAAGCAGCUGCUAAGGCAGAGGCCAUCAGGGAUGGGCUGGAGAAGAGGAAGGAGAAGAAGAUUCUCGACAUUCCCUCCAAGUACGAGUGGUCUGGCGCCGAAGACUCUAACGACGAAAACGCCGUGUGCGCAGCUAAAAACUGCCAGAGACCGUGUAAAGACAAGGUUGACUGGGUGCAGUGCGACGGCGGCUGUGACGAGUGGUUCCACCAGGUGUGCGUGGGGGUCUCAUGCGAAAUGGCAGAGAACGAAGACUACAUCUGCGUGGACUGCUCCCUUAAGGCCGUCGGAUCGAGGCGGGGAGGGGGCGCGGCCGAGGUGGAGGUGGCGGAGGAAACCAUUGUGAUGCUGGCGACGCCGAGCCUGCUGGCGACCGCCGGCGCCUCGUGGUCCCGCGCCGCUGCUGUACAUCUGAACCCAGCGGAGGAGCCUCACCAGAACAGUUAGCACAAUGUGAGGCCUGAGAAAUUGACUUUAAACGCAGUGUCCAGGAUGGCAAUAGAGCCCUCGUAUAGUAGCUUCAACAUGGAAGCCUAUUUCUGUAACUUACUGUAUCGUAAACCUCAAGAGACAAAUAUUUACAGGAACAGCCUUCUUGGACCGAAACAUCCACCAGCUGCUUCCCAGAUCUCCCACUCUACAAUAACCAAUCACCAGUCAAACUCCCGACACGUGUCAUGUUUAAACAAAUUACUCUUCCUUUUGUGCGGCCCUUCAGACUUGUCUUUAGGACUCCUGGUUAGGUAAAAAGAAAUGGUUGUAAUGUAGUGGAAUUAUUUAUAUUAUUAUGUACAUAGCUUGAAAGCAAUUAAAAUAAUGGAUUGUGGCUUUUAUGUUUCGUUUUCUCACCUUUUAAUAAACUAUUCCUA